AUGAUUCACAAGGAGAUCGAGGUGUAUGUAGAUGAUGUCAUAAUCAAGUCCCGCGAGAGUUUGGAUCACUUGACUCACUUGAGGAAAUUCUUUGAUCGUCUACGCCGAUACAUUUUGAAGUUAAAUCCCGCCAAAUGUGCUUUUGGAGUGCCAGUUGGCAAGUUAUUGGGAUUUAUAGUCAACAGGAUGGGAAUUGAGCUUGACCCUUCCAAGAGCAAGGCGAUCCAAGAAUUACCUCCCCCGAAGACCAAGAAGGAGGUGAUGAGUUUUCUAGGAAGGUUGAACUACAUCAGCUGGUUCAUAUCUCAAUCCAUGGUGGUGUGUGAACCCAUCUUCAAGUUGUUGAAAAAAGAUGCCCUAACCAAGUGGACCGGAGAAUGUCAAACCGUUUUUGAUGCCAUCAAGAAUUAUUUAUCCAAUCCACCUGUGUUAUUUCCUCCGCGAGAAGGGAGUCCUUUGUUAUUGUAUUUAUCGGUCUCGGAUAACGCAUUUGGAUGUGUGCUUGGUCAACAGGACGAAACUGGGAAGAAGGAGGGAAAGGCGAUAAAAGCACAAGCCUUAGCUGAUCAUCUUGUGGAGAAUCCGGUGGAUGAAGAGUACGAACCACUCAAGACUUAUUUUCCCGAUGAAGAAGUAGCAUUUGUAGGUAAAGAUAUUUCUGAAGCAUACCCUAGUUGGAGAGUGUGUUUUGAUGGAGCGGCGAAUCAUCAAGAGAUACAUGCCGGAGUUUAUGGUACUCACAUGAAUGGACUCACUUUGGCAAAGAAGAUCCUCCGAGCCAGUUAUUUUUGGAUGACUAUGGAGCAUGAUUGUUGCAAGUUUGUGCAGAAAUAUCAUAAAUGUCAAGUGCAUGGUGAUUUGAUUAGAGUGCCUCCUCCCAAACUCAAUGUUAUGAGUUCACCUUGGCCGUUUGUAGCUUGGGGCAUGGAUGUCAUUGGUCUAAUAGAGUCGGCCGCCUCUAACGGACACAGAUUCAUUUUGGUUGCCAUUGACUAUUUCACUAAGUGGGUAGAAGCAGCUCCAUACAAGUCGGUGACCAAGAAAGUUGGAGCUGAUUUUGUUCACAACAAUUUGAUAUGUAGGUUUGGAGUACCAGAAUCCAUCAUUAUUGAUAAUGGAGCAAACCUCAACAGUCAUUUGAUGAGGAAGAUAUGUUACAGAACGACUAUCAAGACGUCAAUUGGAGCUACUCCAUACUUGUUAGUAUAUGGAACGGAAGCAGAAACUGAGUUGAAUGAUGUUGAUUGGGUUUGCAAGCGAAUUGAUCAGUUAACAUUGAUUGAUGAGGAGAGAAUGGUUGCGGAUGAGUACAAAGGGAAAUUUGAACCAAAUUGGCAAGGACCCUACAUGGAUCGCAAAGUGUUAUCUGGAGGUGUCUUGGUCCUGUCGGAGAUGGAUGGCACCGAAUGGCCGAAACCAAUCAACUCAGAUACUGUCAAGAGAUAUUAUAUAGAGGAGAAUGUAGAGGUUGAGAAUGAUGAGGAUGUUGGACAAGAGGAAGAGGUGCAGGCUGAGACUACAGGAAAAAGUUUUAAUGAGGUAACAGAUUUUGUGAAGAAAGUGGAAGGGGAUAGCCAGAGAGUUGCACCUUCGACGGAUAAUAGGCCAUCUUUUGAUCGCACUUGUUAUAACUGUGGAGAACCUGGGAAUAUGAGGAAAAAUUGUCCCCACCCACGCAUGAUGAAUUCCGCGCAGCAGCAGACUAGAGCAGUGGCACCCACUGGAAAUGGUAAUAAUGGUCGAGGGCAUCCACAAGGUGGGCGAAGAGGAAAUCAGUGA